UCAAGGCCUGCAGUUGUUAUUAGCAUCAAACGUUACAUAAAUGCACCAGUGCAUGCUGUAAAAUAUUCACAGUAUGGUUUAGUCCUUGUGCUGUUGCUGUAAAAUUAUUUUUUCUUCUAAUAUUUUUUAUCUUAAUACACAUACAUAGGCCUAUAUAUUAUUUAUUAUUUAUAUGUUUAAUAUUAAAUAACACAGUUAACACAGCUUAAGGUGUUUUAAUAAUAAUUUUUACACAGUAAUUGAUGUCUAUUAGAAGUUAAUCUGUUUUUGCAAUUAUAUCUCAACUUCCUUUUAUAUAAAAAUAUGCACCAUUAACAUAAUACCAGUAAAUGUAAAAGAAGAGUUACAGUAACCUCACUGCAGAAUCAGAGCAUGUACGUCACUCAGAGAUAUGAAGAGGUUUAUAACCGUUAUAAAAACGCUCUCUUGCCCUCACUGAAAGCGUGCCAGCAGCUGCCGGGAAGCAGUUGAGAUUUCUUGUCAGAUAGUUCUGCAGAAAGUUUCCCUCAACGCCUCAGAGGCCAUAAAAGAGUCCAAAGAUCAGGGAGGCGCAGAGAGGAACAAAUACGUUGAGCGGAGAGCGGUGCCCGUCCAGUCUUCUCCACCAGCAGAGCUGCACCAACACUCCCUCAGAGCACAGGAUGGAGGGCGCUACCAUCGAGAUGAAGAGUAUCCUGAAACCUGGUAGAAGAGUGAGCAUAUUGAAGGGGGGUGACAGCAGCACCACCCAGAGCAGCUCCAUCGGGGCCGUGCGCUGGAACCUGCCCGAGAAGGACGUCCAGAUUCACAGCUCGGUCCCCAACAGACCCACCGUCAGCUUCACCAAACACUCACAGCAUCAUCCUCAUCAGAAGAGCCUGAGGGAUCUCCGCAGCCUGCAGGAGUGUGUGCAGUUCAUCCAUCACUGGAAGGAGCAAGUGGACCAAGUCUGCAAGCAGGGCACUGAGAAUCCAGGAGAGGGCACCAGUAAGACAGAAGCCCAGUGUUCAGACCGGCGUGCUGAGCGCAGUCUUGAGGAGAGCAGGAAACUGAUCUUGGAGUGGGCUGACGAACUCCACCAUGUCGACAAGCUCCUGAAGGAGAUGCCCUCAGAUUCCAAGAGUGAAGAAAAUGAAAAUAAAAACGCCAAUGAGGAGGGACAGAUGAGGAUUAUGGAGUGGGCCAAGGAGCUGCAAAUGGCGACUGAGAAUUGUGGUGUGCAGAGCGACGAGCUGGGUAAAGUGUUGCGCUCCCUGGGCCUGAAGAAGAAACGUCUGGUCAACCUGCUGCCCCUGCUGGAGUUUAUCACCUGGUCUCUGCUCAAAGAAGACAGCACGAAAAUGAUUCCACAGAUGUGGUUACUGGCAAAGCAAAGAACCUGGAAAGCAGGAAUUCCAAGAUACAUCCCCAACUCAGUUUGGAGCUGGAUUUGCAGCGCAGAAGCUGAUGUGAUUCUGGACCCCAUGACCAACCACCCCUGGCUGCAGCUGUCAGAGAACCAGCGUAUGGUCCAAGAAGGCCGCUCAGAGGCCGACCUGCCUUACAGCUCCCAGCGCUUUGACAGCUGGCCCUGCGUGCUGGGCUGGGAGGGCUACAGCAGCCGCCGCCACUACUGGGAGGUAGACAUAGCCAACAAGGGCUGCUGGCGCAUAGGACUGACCACCGCCAACUCCAAGCGUCACGGCCGGUGCCCCAUGACCCCAAACCAGGGCUACUGGACCCUGUGGCGCAGCGCAAACCAGUUCUACGCAUGCACCAAGGAGGAGACUACACUGCCCAUCAGCCUCGUGCCUCAACGUAUGGGAGUCUACCUGGACUACGAAGAGGGCCAGAUCUCCUUCUACAACGCAGAAACAAAGUCCCACAUCUACACCUUCACUGGAAACUUCAAAGGCAAGCUGUAUCCUCUCUUCGCCCCGCUGGAUGGUCGCACACGCUUGACAAUCAAGCAUACAAAUAUUGAAAUAGAUGAGCUUUAACAACUCUUAUUGGAUGACUGGAAGAAUUGACUUAACAAAUCUACAAGAAUAUUUGGGAUCUCACAUGAAUCUUCCAUCCCUAUAUGUUGCUGUAAAAAUAUCUCAGAUUUUCAUCUUUAAGCUGAAUUUAAAAUCCCUUAAGCAUCAGCUCAAACCUGAAUUUGAACAGUGGUAGACACUUCAAGACUUUAUCACAGUGCUGAUAUUAUAAAUAGAUGUAUCUGAUCAUACUAAUGAUAGAAGUGGAGAUUCUUAUCAGACAGACAGUAAGAAAGAGAACCUAAAGUGAAACCCAACUCUGAGUUAAUAUAAACGUAUUUAUUUAAAAAAAAAUAAAGUUUUGAAAAGCAGGGUUUUAAUUUUCUACGUUAAUAUUUAUCUGUGGACAUCAAAGUGUGAACACAUUCUGCAUUUACAUGCAUGCAUGCACUUUAAAACGCACUUUGUGAUAAGCAUCUAAUAAAUAUUUCCUGUACAUAUCA